AUCCUGUCUUAAUUGAUGCGGCCCUGAGUGUUGUGAGCAUCCAGUGGAACCACUGUGGCAACAUGCUGGCUAUUGCAGGCAUCCAGAAGAUACCUGUGCAAGAUAAAGAUAUCAAUGUUAUGCAGUUCUAUUCUCCAUUUGGUGAGCAUUUGCGUACCUUAAAGAUUCCAGGGAAACAAGUAUCGGCUUUAUCUUGGGAAGGAGGUGGUUUAAAAAUAGCAUUAGCUAUUGAUCACUGUAUUUAUUUUGCAAAUAUUCGCCCAGACUACAAGUGGGGUUAUUGCACGAACACAGUACUGUAUGCAUAUACCCGACCUGACCGUGCAGAAUAUUGUGUUGUCUUCUGGGAUAUAAAAAACAAUGAAAAGUAUUUGAAAUUUGUCAAGAGUUUAAUCUCCAUAACAACCUGUGGAGACUUCUGUAUUCUGGCCACUAAAGCUGAUGAAAAUCAAUUACAGGAGGAGGAUGAAACAGAAUCCGUUGGUGGAAUGUAUGUACUUGUGCUUUGUAAUUCCAUUGGCACACCCUUGGAUCCAAAAUAUAUAGAUAUUGCCCCACUGUUUGUUACAAUGACCAAAACCCAAGUCAUAGCAGCUUCAAAAGAAGCAUUUUAUAUCUGGCAAUACCGUGUAGACAAGAAGCUCACAGCAAUGGAAAUUAAUCAGGUAGCACGGACCAGAAAAGAAGGCAAGGAAAGGAUUUACCAUGUGGAUGAUAGUCCUUCCGGUGCAGGUGAUGGAGCUCUUGACUAUGCUAAAGUCCUACAAGGAACAAGGGAUCCUAUUUGUGCAAUAACUGCAUCAGAUAAGACACUGAUUAUUGGAAGAGAAUCUGGCACCAUUCAGAGUUACAGGUUGCCCAAUGUUGGUUUAAUUCGAAAAUAUAUCCUAAACUGUCGGCCCUACCAAAUGUCUUUGAAUUGCAAGUCUAGUCGUGUAGCUAUCAUAGACAUGUCAGGUUUGCUGACUUUCUUUGACUUGGAUACACGAGUAACAGAUGGUUCAGGAUCCCAAGGAGUCGGUGAACAACUCAAAUUGGAACGCAAAGAUGUCUGGGAUAUGAAAUGGGCCAAAGAUAAUCCAGAUUUGUUUGCCACGAUGGAGAAAACAAAGAUGUAUGUGUUUAGAAACCUGGAUCCUGAGGAGCCCAUUCAAACUUCUGGAUAUAUUUGCAACUUUGAAGAUUUAGAAAUCAAAUCUGUCUUAUUGGAUGAAAUAUUAAAGAAUCCUGAACACCCUAAUAAGGACUGCAUAAUACAUUUUGAUAUUAGAUCACUACGAGAUGCUCAGGCUAUUGUUAAAGAGGCCGGGAUUGCAGAAUCUUCUCAGUUCAUUGAAGAAAAUUCACAUCCAAGGCUUUGGCGUCUCCUGGCUGAAACAGCUCUCCAGAAACUUGAUCUUCACACUGCUGAGCAAGCUUUUGUACGUUAUAAAAAUUACCAGGGUAUUAAGUUUGUAAAACGCCUUCACAAUCUCCAGAGCGAAGCACUUAGGCAAGCUGAAGUGGCCGUUUAUUUUGGAAAAUUUGAAGAAGCUGAAAGAAUGUAUUUGGACAUGGAUAGAAGAGAUCUUGCCGUUGACCUACGAAUGAAACUAGGCAAUGGGUUUCGAGUAGUGCAACUGUUGCAAACAGGCUCAGGCCAUGGAGACGACAGCCUCCUUGAACAGGCGCACAAUGAAAUUGGAGAGUACUUCGCCGAUAGGCAGAAAUGGGCGAAUGCAGUUCCCUACUUUGUACAAGGCAGAAACCAUGAGCGUUUAGCUGAAUGUUAUUAUAUGCUGGAAGACUAUCAAGCAUUAGAAAAUUUGGCCAAUUCCCUUCCAGAAAAUAACAAGUUGCUUCCAGAUAUAAGCCAUAAGUUUGUUACUGUGGGAAUGUGUGAACAAGCUGUAGCUGCCUUUCUGAAAUGUAACAGACCAAAGGAUGCAGUAGAUGUCUGUGUAAAUCUCAACCAGUGGAGUAAAGCUGUUGAACUAGCUAAGGAACACAAUAUGAAAGAGAUUGGUUCUCUUCUAGCUAGAUAUGCAUCUCAGUUAUUGGAAAAGAAUAAACCUCUUGAUGCCGUUGAACUAUAUCGUAAAGCCAAUUAUUUCUUUGAUGCGGCAAAACUAAUGUUCAAGAUUGCAGAUGAAGAGACUAAAAAGAGAACCAAACCUUUACGGGUUAAAAAGCUAUAUGUCAUGUCGGCUUUACUUGUUGAACAAUACCAUGAACAAAUAAAAAAUUCACAGAGAGAAAAAGUCAAAGGAAAAACUUCAGAGGCUACUUCAGCCAUAGCUGGCUUGCUAGAAGAAGAUGUUCUUUCCACAGACAGCCGCCUGAUCGAUAAUGCUUGGCGGGGAGCUGAGGCUUACCAUUUUUUCAUACUUGCUCAAAGGCAGCUGUAUGAAGGUUAUGUGGACACAGCAAUGAAAACAGCUCUUCACCUGAGGGAUUACGAAGACAUUAUUCCUGCAGUAGAAAUCUAUUCCCUAUUGGCUCUUUGUGCAUGUGCUAACAGAGCAUUCGGUACCUGUUCAAAAGCCUUCGUUAAACUGGAAUCUUUAGAAAAUCUUAAUCCAGACCAGAAGCAGAAAUAUGAAGCACUUGCCUUGCAAAUAUUCACAAAACACUAUCCUAAAGAUAGCAAAAAGUCGGACUUGGAUGGUCUUCUUGAAGAGGGAGAAGGAAAGCUUCCAACAUGUGUUGCUACAGGAAGGCCCAUCACAGAAUAUCAGUUUUGGAUGUGCAAUAAAUGCAAGCAUUGUGUCCAAGCUCAAGAAAUCAGCAACUAUAACUUCUGCCCACUCUGUCACAGUUCCGUGGCCUAUUAAAUUAUGCAGGUGAAAGCAACCAUCUGUGUCCUUUAAUGUGUAUUUGCUCCUGGUGGGACUGGAAUGGGGAGAAUUCCCCUCAGAAUAGCUUUUGUUACAUCCUCAAAAGUUGUCCCAGGUGACCUAAGCUUUGGAAAGCAAGGGACAACUACAGGGGGAAAGGAAGAAGGGAAAAGAAAUGGAUCCUGAUGUGUCUUUAUGCAUUAAUUAGAAAUAUACAUGGUCUGAAAUACUGAAAGGGAGUUACGAAGAAGAAUCACCCACACAAGAGCAAUUAAAUCCAUCCACUCAUAUAUAUAUAUAAAAAACUAAUUUGAAUCCAGCUUUAAAAUAGCCAAUCAGCAAAAGUUUUUUUUUUUAAAGUGAAAAUGAGGAUUUGAUGUAAACAAAUAUUUGCUUUCUUAAUUUACUCUUUGCUGGGGUAAAACAGCAUAGCUAACAGAAGUUUUGUAUAAAAGCUGACUUAAAUUCUUGAUUUCUUUAAAGUUUAAGAGAGACACAUUUCUUCCAUGGAAAAGAUUAUUCAUUCGUACAUAGAUACUUGCUCCAGAAUUUUGUUUAUGUUCAUUGCAAUAUAUGAGAAAAGAAUUGUUUAUUUUUUAAGCAAUAUUUAUAUAACCUACCUUUCUUUUCUGUAAUAAUAGUAAAAUACACUGUUCAAAGAAAUCAGUAUAUUUUUCCAUGAAGAAGAAACAACUGUAAAUGUAGAAAACUAAAUAAUAAAAUGCAUCAAUAAAAAUAACAAGGGGUAUGGACAUGGUUUAUUACAUAAAAUAUCAUUACAUGUAUUAUCCUGGAAAUAAUUUAUGUAAUAAUUAAAAUAAUUUCCAGAUGUA